AUGGAGGGGAGCUUUAAGCUCCCAAAACUUGUGCCGAAACAAAAGAAGGAUUUAGAGCUACCGAGAUUUGAUUGGGCAAGUAUAGCGAAACAGAAAAAGCUUGGAUCUGGCAGUUUCGGUUCUGUGUAUCUAGCUAAACACGCUGGUACCGCACAAAAUGUCGUUGUAAAGAAACUUAAAAGCGUCUCUAUCGACUCACAGACGCGCUUCGUGAAAGAGGCGAAGAUUUUGAAUAGCGUUAAAGGACACCGCAAUAUCAGCAAAUUUUUAGGAUUUUGUAGUGAGCCGCACUCUAUAAUGAUGCAGUACUCAAGAUUCGAUUUUGGCUUUUUCGGAGUUGAGAAAAGUGUGAGUUCUCUCGCUGACUUUCUUCAAUUUGUCGACACUGAGUUCGAGUUUUCGUCAGUUGCUAAUUUGUUGCCAGUAUGUGUUAAAGAUAUACUCGCAGGACUUGAUUAUUUGCACAAUCAUAAUAUAGCUCACCGAGAUUUAAAACCUGGUAACAUAUUGGUUUGUAACCAGCAUUUGGAUGAUGUUGCCGGUGAUGACAAAGCCAUGGCCAAGGCUUACGAAGAGUGUCCCAUUGUAUGCCAACUUACUGACUUUGGUCUCAGCCGUAGUGUCGACAUCCAAACCAAGUCAGUUGUUAUGUCUAAGACAACGUCAGUCAGUUGUGGUACUCCUGCAUACAUGGCGCCAGAAAUGCAGCUAAAUCAACUGGUUUUUGCCAGCCACGAAGAUCUGAAACGUGCAGAUAUGUGGUCCUUGGGCCUUGUUAUGCAUACCACGAUAAAUCCAGAUCUUGGUAGUCCUUAUCGAGCUGAAUUAGAGCAAUCUAGUGCGCCCGAUAUCCAUAUGGCAUUGAAAGAUCUUCUGACGAAACAUCGACUACCUCAACAUGGUGCAAAAUAUGAGCAGCUGCGAAUAACGUCGUGGUGGCAACUUGAAGAUAUAUUCAAUCGGUGCGCUAAUUUUGAUGCGAUGGCUAGACCUUCCACAGCAGAGAUGCUUUGCUUGAUUAACAAGAGCUUGGUUAACUAUUUCCGUCGUCUUCCUUUGUCAAUUAGCCAGAGUACGGUUUUGGAGCAGUGUGA